UCCCCCCUUGUGACGUCUUUUCUAAACACCAGGCAAAUUUUGCUACUUUUUAUCUAUUACGCGAGCAGCAAGUCCUGUCCUUUUAGGCUUGCUCGUACUUUUUUUUUUGCUUCUAUAUCAGCAUCGUUUAAGCCACGGUCUGAUUCUCCCAUAUAAACAGUGGAGCGGCGCUGCCCGCAUUCUUCCCUCCACGCAUCUACAUUCCACAACAUGAACCCAAUGUCUCCCUCCGAGAGAGAUGCCUCCAAAGAGGUAGAGCGUCAUGUGAGACACCAGAGCUCUACCUCUUCAGACCUCAAGAUCAGGGCUCUCGUUCCCAUGUGGGAUAGCUCAGAUCCUGAGCGAGCUCCUCCUCCGCUUCCACUCAAUCCUCAGUCUCCCAGUCUUACAUCACGAGUCGGAACCUCCAGCGCCAUCCAGUCAGCCCACGCCGCCCUUAGCGAGCGAGUUCGCGAAAGCUGCCCUUCUCCAACCAAGCGCACCAACGACCCAUCACCAGAGCGAUCUGUUGUUAGAACGUCGUCACACCGCCGCUUGCUUUCGCUGCAGCCAGGAAACGUUCGCGACCUCGGCUCGAUAAUUGAAGGCUCUAAUAGCCGUCCGACAACUCCCACAACAUCGGCUACGCCAAACGACCCGAGGUCCCCUACCAAGGACUUUGGUAAUGGUUUGGGACCUGGGCCGACUCUAACUCCUAUUCUUCGCCCAACCGCCCGACGCAUGCCCACAGAGAGCAUCCUCGGCGAAAACACACCUCCUCAAUCCUCUACUAUGCUUGCGUUGCAAAACAUGCCUCCAAGCAACCCCCCAAAAGCUAUUGAAGCGCCGCUCAGCGAUAUCACCAAUGCUCAAUCAAAGUCUAAUCACACUCUUGAUGGGCUUGGAUCACAGUUGCAGAGCCUCACGACCAUUGCUCUAACUCUUCAGAAAGAGAUUGCCGCUCUCAGUCGCCGUAGUCGCGACAACGCUACUGAUCUUCUCAGUCUGAAGAAGGCUACAAACACUAGGGAUGAGGACAUUCGAAAGAGUCUCAGAGAUUUGGUUGGCCAAGUAAAUGACCAAAACCAACGACUCUCUGUCAGGGAUACUCUCAGUACUCUUCUGAUCGACAACAAGCCUCACAAUGGGUCGACAUCGAGGGCCUUUAACAGGGCACCUACGCCUGAGUCGGAUGAUACACCAUCUUUAGAUGGAACCGAUAAUACUGCUACAAUCGCUCUGUUGGAGACCAUUCUCAAUGGUUUAGGUACGAAAGACGGAGAAGCUUCUCUCGUCAAGCUCCUCUCACAGCUAUCGAAACAAGUUUCAGGCAUGGCUACCGCUACUAAGAUUGACGAGCUCGCACAGUUUGUCAAAUCUCAACAAUCAAAUGCCCUUGUUGCCGUCAGUGCCGUCGAACGAGGUAGAGCCUUGAGCUUCGACGACAGUACCAGCAAUGCUGGCUUCGAAGUCAGUACCCGAGCCGGCCCUAUGACCCAGCGUAUGGAGCGCCUCUUGAAUAACGCCGACAACCGCAAAUCUAUGACAGCGUCACCGUCGCGUGGUUCAGAGCUUGUCAAUGAAGAUAUGAUCAGUAUCAUUCGCUCCGUCAAGGACAGCGUCUCUCAAGGCGGUGGCAUGACCGCUGAAGUGAAAGCCCUUGUGCGUGAGCUUCGAGGCGAAGUCUUGGGCAUGGGCCGAGAGCUGGCCAAGCGCCUCGAAGGCGUGGAACGAGCCCAGCCAGAACUCGAUGAUGUCGUCCAGCGUAAAGAUGAUGUUUCACGCGUUAUUGACGAGGGAUUGGAGCAGAUGAAGGAACAGCUAAACCAUGUUCUAAAGGAGCAUCGACGUCAGUCAACAUCAUCCUCAAUGUCACAAAAGACCGCUGUUGACUACCAAGAAAUUUACAAUGCCAUGCGAGCGGCGCUACGCGACAACGAGGCGUCCCGCGAUGAUAUGCCAGAUCUCAGCCGUGAAGAUGUCGUCGAAGCAGUCCGCGAAGCAUGGGAGUCUUACAAGCCCGAAGUUGAAGCACAACAUCCUAGUCUCGAGCGUGACGAAAUUAUGGCCUGCCUCAAAGAGGGACUACAAGAUUACCAGCCUCGCGAUGAGCAGCCCGAAGCUGCGACUCGAGAAGAGGUUUUUACUGCCGUGGUGGAGGGCUUGAAGCACUUUGUUCCACCACAAGUCGAUACUGCCGCUAGCCUUUCCCGCGAUGAAAUUAUUGAGGCCGUUCGCGACUGUCUGGAAGAAUUCGAAUUCCCAGUUUCUGCUGCUGCCAUUGGCAAUGAUAUGAACAGAGAGCACAUGAUUCAUGCCGUCAAGGAGGGCUUGCGAGACUUUGAUAUGCCUCGUGGCGGCCUCUCUGGCGAAGACAACGAAGAAAUCAUGACCCGACUUCAGGAUAUCAUGGAAUAUAUGAAAUUGGAGUUCCGCGCCGCAUCGGAGGAAGCUCGAGACAACAUAGCCGCAACUAGCAGGGACACGGAACAUAUUCUAGAUGGCACCAAAGAAGGCCUUGAAAACCUGCGUGCUGCUAUUGAAAGCUACGUUGAUCGUGCAGGUAGUGUCACCUCUGGAGGCGAAGACAUGGCUGAGCAGCUAUCACAGCAUUUUGAUGAAUUCAAGGAGGAGAUUGGUAGUUUGAUUGCUGGCUCGUCUGAGUCAUCACGAGAACAGCUUCGAACUGAGCUAGAAGGCAUUCGCGAAAUGGUUAAUACGUCGAUGGUGGCCGCUGUGCCACAGGCUGCCUCUGGCUCAAGCCAGGAGCUCCUUGAAACGCUCCAAAACGGCCUUAAUAGCUUACGACAAGAUCUGCUUCGCCCCAGACCUGAGACCGGAGAGCUUUUGGAUGCUCUCAACGAUGGUCUCAACGAUAUCCGUGCCGGUAUUGACAGAAUCACUAAUAAGCCCGUAGAUUUGACGGCCAAUGAUGAAAUCAUCGAUACCAUUAGAUCUGGGCUUGACUCAGUUCGAUCCGAUAUCGAGACUCUGCGCGACAACAACGAGCGUGCUAUGACGGCGGUCGCUCCGGCCGAAGAGAAAAAUAUGGAUACUGCCAUUAUUCCCCUCGACACUGCUAAGCAUGACGAUAUCAAGAACUUGGAAGUGCUCAUUACCCAACUGCGCAUUAAGGUUGAAGCAAUGGAGCCCGAGUCUGAACCAGUUCAGCGGGAUGAUCUUGCACGCUUAGAAGAGAUGAUCAGGGAUGUCCAGAAUGGUGUACACGAAAUUGGUUCACGCGAGCAAACUACGGCCCGCGGCGUCGGCGGUGAGAGCACCAGCGAAGGUGACAACGCCACUCGUGAUGAUGUUCAAGCGAUUGAGACCAUUCUGCGCAACACCAAGGACCGCCUCGAUGACCUCAUUGAAGGUGACCAAGCUGUUCGCAAGGAGCACCUUGAUACUCUUCUCGCUAUGGCUACUGACCACAAGGAAGCUGUUGGGGCCAUGUCGGAGCGUCUGGAGUCAACCACGCGAAAGGAAGAUGUUGGAGCCUUGGAAGAGCUCAUUGCUCAAGUUAUUAUUGGAAUCGACGAGCUCAAAGAGAACAGCGCCAGAGAUGAAGAUGGGGCCGAGAAGGUUACCAAGACCGAUGUCGAGGCUAUUGAAGCUCGCGUUUUGGAAAUCCGCUCUGCUCUUGAUAAUCUUGCAGAUAUGGACUUUGCCACCGUCUCCAACAAGGAUGACAUUGCAAACAUUGAGACUCUUUUGCGCGAGACCAAGGAACACAUCGAAACCCACGGCGAGACAAAUGCCAAGUCCAACGAAGAGCGUCAGCUUGAGAUGCUCGGCUUGAACGAACGUGUCACAGAAGUCAAGACUUUUCUUGAAGAGUUUCAAGAGGCAGUUCACACGAAGCUUGACGACGGCUCAACCGGCGUUGAAGCUCUGGGCAAACUGCUUGAGGCAAUGGGUGAGAAGAUGGAUAAAAACGAAAACGUUGGCCAAGAUCUCAAGGAAAUGUUCGAUACGAUGAAGAACGAAUUCGAAGUUUCCAAGGAAAUUGCUGCUGGUUCUCGCAUUGAGUCUGAUGAGAAGUUCCAAGAAGCUACCGACAACAUGGCCGCUAAAAUUGAAGAGAAGAUCGCCGCCUUGGUUGAAAAGUAUGACGAAUUCCAGGCCAAUGUGGACGAGAAAAGCAAGGCUGGCGAAGCUCGUGAUCUUGAAAUCGAGUCUGCGGUCAUGUCAGCCAAGGCUGUGUCUGAUGACUUGAAGAUCCUCAUUGAUACGCUCGGCUCUACAGUCACAGAGUCCCUGGAGAAGAUGGAAGAGGCGUCCAAGACUGUUUUCGAAAAAGUCGAGGACCUCUCAUCCAAGUCAGACGAAUCCCGCGCAGAAGGUCAAACAGAGCACCAGCUUACUCGAGAUCAUGUUAUGCAAGCCGUCUCUGCUGUGGAGGCUUUGCAGGGAGAUAUCAAAGACUUCCAGCCUCAAAUCCUGGAGGCGGUCAAGGAUAUCUUGCUUCUUGUCGGCGAACACUUUGAGCACUCCAAGACGUCUGUAAGCGAUAUUCAAGAGAAGAUCGUUGAACAACAACCAAAGGAGCAAGCCAUGCUGGCGGCGCCUCCUACGAAAUACGACGAUGCUGCUGUACGCGAACAAUUGAGUCGCCUUAUCGAUCAAAGAUACGAUGAUUCCGAAGUUAAAGAGAAGCUCGAUCGCCUGGAGCAAAGAUACACCGACACAGCUAUCCACGAGAAGCUUGACAAGCUCGCCGAUCACUCUGCCUCUACUACUGAAGCCUUUGCUCGCCUCGCAACUCUCGAGAAGGUUCACGAUUCCGUUAUGGAGACAGCCACGCAAAUGUCUGAUUUCAUGUCGACACAAACACAGCGCAUUGCAAACGCCGACGAAGACCGAGAGCGAACUCUGCAUGAGACAGAGCUCGCCCUCGAGCGAAAGUUGGCCGAAAAGGACCAUGCUGAAGCCGCUGUCCUCAGCCUGCACGAGGAGGAUGAGCGCUUACGCACUAGCGUUAUGAACCUUCGCAAUGAGCAGGAGAGCCUGAUCCGUCAGAAGACCAGACUUACUGGCGAUGUGUCUUCUCUUGAGACCGCACUGCGUUUACGUCGUGAGGAAUUGGCGGAGAUGGAGGCUCGUGCUGAGCGCCUGGAGCGUCGCAUUGUCGAAGGAGUCAUGGACCAUUCUCGCGUUUUGCUUAUGGGCAAGUCCAACGGAAGCCGCGACAACAUGAACCGCAAGCGAGUCAAGAAGCCUAAUAUGCAAGAGUCUGAUUUGGCGAAGUCGUCGCCAAGACCCGCAGUUAGCAUGGCCUUAUCGACAAGACGAAGUAUCGUCCCGUCUGCUCAAAACGGUGCUGCGCGACGUAUUGCAUCGCUCAGCCAGAUGAACAGCAGCAUGUCGCAAGCAGCCGUUAAGCGAAGCCAGAGUGUCCGCACUCCAGCAGGAAACCCUCUUCGCAAGCGCAGCUGGGGCGGUGCUCUCAGCAAGACUAGAAUUGAGGACAAGGAAAACAUGGCGAUAGGCGAGACGCUUGAAGAGGACGAGGAGUCUAUGGCUGCUAGCACACCAAGAACACCACUUACUCCUGGAGAGCUUACGAGGCUUUCCGACAUCCAAAGCGACAACUACUCCGCCAUUGGCUCUUCGCUGGCCGAUGAUGACAAUGAAGAUGCCCGUAGCAAUGCUGAUACUAUGAGACGAGCUAGCGCAGGAACAACCAUUAUCUCAGCAAGCGACUAUACGGAGUCUGAUAUUGGAUAUGAUUAUGAUGACGCGACGAGCGUAUGGACGGAGAGUGCGGUUGGUGAGAGAAGCUCCUACGGCGGAGCGGAGGAGGAUACGACUGUCUUGCAUUAAGCUUGAGAUUCCUCCUUUUGGUUUCUGCCUAAAGAGGCUGACGAUGUAUGGAUUAUGCGUGUGAUAUUUUGUUUUUGAGCGGGUUUUUGUGGUUGGAUCUACCACUUUUUGUUUGGAUCAUUGGUCCGUUUCCUUGAUUCUGUUUUUUUCUUGACAAGGAGUGUUUAUCAUGGACAUGGACGUAUUUAUCUAUAUUGUUUUGUAUUUAUCAAUUAACCUUUUCUUGAACAUGAGAGUAAAUGAUUGCAGUGACGUAGGCGUAUUACGGCUGGCG